AUGGAUAGCUAUGAGAAAAUACGAAUCGUUGGAAGAGGUGCAUAUGGAACCGUUUAUUUAUGCCGUCGUCUAGUCGAUAACGGCUUGGUCAUUAUCAAACAAAUUCCAGUAGAAGAUAUGACAAUCGAGGAAAGGCAAUCCGCUAUUAAUGAAGUUAAAGUAUUAUCCGUAUUAAAAUAUCCAAAUAUUAUCGGCUACUAUGAUAGUUUUUACGAAGAUAAAGCUCUGAUGAUUGUCAUGGAAUAUGCCGAAGGCGGUACCAUUUUUGAAUAUCUACAACAACGACGAGAUGAACUUUUAAGCGAGGAAGAAAUUCUUCAUCUAUUUGUGCAAAUCUUACAAUCUCUGCAUCAUGUUCAUUCCAAGAAUAUUUUACAUCGAGAUUUAAAGACACAAAAUAUAUUACUUAAUGAUAGAAGAACAGUAGCUAAACUUGGCGAUUUUGGAAUAUCCAAAGUUCUUAAUAGUAAAAGUAAAGCAAAUACGGUAGUUGGGACACCUUGUUAUAUCUCUCCUGAACUUUGCGAAGGAAAACCAUAUAAUCAUAAAAGCGAUAUCUGGUCUCUAGGUUGUGUUUUAUAUGAAUUAGCCAGUUUAAAAAGAGCGUUCGAAGCACCGAAUUUGCCAGCUUUAGUCAUGAAGAUCAUGAGAGGAAAGUUUGCUCCUAUAUCCUCUAUUUAUAGCGAAGAUCUUCGAGGAUUAAUUUUAAGUAUGCUGCAUUUGGACCCUUCUCGAAGGCCGGAAUUAGAUGAGAUUAUGGCACUACCCAUUAUUGUUAAUUCUUUAAUGCAAGCAAGAACAUCUAUUGGUCGUAUUCCAUGUCUUCACAUUAGUUUGCCUUUCGACUCUCAAUCACUUAAAAGUUCGCAUAAUUCGAAUAUAACUUCCUAUAGUCAUCGAACAAAUCGACCAGGUUCAUCCAUUAGUAACUCCCAUGUAUCAUCAUCAUCAGCACCUGUUUUCACGUGGGGAAGUAGCUCAUCUAAACCGCUAAUGCUAAAUUUACCGCAAAGAAGUUUACAAAUCACACGCGUAGAUGUCAGUCGGACGCAAAAAAUGGGUGUAACUAAUUGUGGCCAAAUUGUUAUUUGGGAGGUAAGCAGAUGCACAAAAAAAAUAGUACAAUUAGAUGGUAAAAAUGAUCGCAAUAUUAAUAUUGAUAUACCGAGGCUCCUUGAAGGCCAAUCGGUCGUCAAUAUUACUCAUGUCUCUUGUGGAGAUUUAUUUACUGCUUGUCUAACAGAUCGUGGAAUCUUAAUGACUUUUGGAUCAGGUGCAAACGGUUGCUUAGGACAUGGAAAUUUUAACGAAGCAGCACAUCCAAAAAUCGUUGAAUCCUUAAUUGGUUAUGAAAUCGUAAAUGUUUCCUGUGGUGCAUCUCAUAUUAUGGCUAUUACAGCUGAACAUGAAUUAUUUGCCUGGGGUAGAGGUGAUAACGGUCGAUUAGGAACAUCAAAUACCAAGACAUAUAGCGUACCAGAACUCAUUAAACUACCAGAAACUUAUCAGCCUAGCUCAGUAUGUUGCGGUAUUGAUUGUAGUAUGGUAUUAUGUUGCGACGGUUGCUUACUAGUCUGUGGUAGUAAUCGAGCCAAUAAGUUAUCAUUAGACACCUCAGAUACUGGCUUAGUAGAUGAAAAACAUUCCCUAACACGUGUACCAUCCAUGCCACUCUCAUCACUAUCAAUUGAACAAGUAGCAGCUGGCACUUCCCAUACUGCAGUAAUAACAGAGGACGGCAAGCUCUAUACCUGUGGAGUUAAUACAUAUGGCCAACUAGGUUAUGAGCAAAGCAAGCAAAGGGUUUCUGCAAAGCAAGUUUCAUCAUUAAAUCAUAAGCAAAUUAAAUAUAUCGCGUGCGGGGAUGCAUUUACCAUUGCUGUUACUGCAGAUAAUGAGGUUUAUGCGUGGGGUAAAGGUAGCCGUGGACGACUAGGCCUAGGCACAGAAAAAAAUUUCGUCGAACCACAACGUAUUACGUUUAAUCAUUAUAACUUUGAAAUCCUCUCUUUGGCCAGCCGACACGGAAAUACAUUAAUGUCUACUCGCUUGAAAUAUAAUAAUGGCGAUAUAAACCCUAUCAAGGAUAAAUAA